AGCAUGUCUUCACCCUCUUCCGUGAAAACAGAGGAACUCCGACGCUGUCAGUUCAGACAGACCACGCCCUCUCAAAUACGGAAGAGUGAACUUUCCACUGAGCGCAGCCCCCUGUCCCUUCAGUGAGCAGACGGCUCGGAAUGGCUACUGACGCCAGCUCGCUUGAGGAGCUACAUAGCUCCUCAAGGAGCUGCACACCUGUCCCGUAUGCCUCGAGCUCUUCCGUGAGCCGGUGAUUCUCGAGUGCGGACACCACUUAUGUCGUGUGUGCAUUACGCAGUGCUGGGAGAGCAAGUACGACGAGCACCAAACCUGCCCGCAGUUCCGGAAGACAUGCCCUCAGAAGCUGCGUCCCAACUCGCUUCUGUGUAACGUUGUGGACAGCGUGAGGAGAGCCCGAUCCAUGGAUGGGAAACCCGGGGACCCGGAGCGCGCGCAGGAGGAUACAGAAAAACGACGAAGGGGGCCAGUAUGCCCAGCUCCGGUUUCAGUUUCACCGGUUCUUCACAGCGCCACGAGCCAGACCUGUGCGAGAAGCACGAGGAGAAGCUGAAGCUAUACUGUGAGGAUGAUCAGCUCGCGAUCUGCCUGGUGUGCGGGAUGUCCCGAGGCCACAAGACGCACAACGUCAUCCCCAUCAACGAGGCGUUCGAGAACUACAAGGAGCGAGCUGGGGACAUAGAGGAGCAGGUGAGUGCAGAGUUUGGACGUCUGAGGGAGUUCCUUCUCCAGGAGGAGGAGAGAGUGAAGGAGCGAGUGCGGAGGGAGAAGGAAGAGAGGCUCAACCAAUUGGAGGAGGCCCUCAAACACACCACAGAGCAAAUCAGCCAAUUAGAGCAAACCGCCGACCAGCUCCACAUCAAACUCCAAGAGGAGGAGUACCCGGCACAACUCAGGGGAAUCAAAGAUUUUAUUGGAGGAACGUUUGACCAACCACGAGGAGAGCCUGCUACACCCCCCUCACCCCUCCAGGAGGGUAGGGGUGUACCUGGACUACGGGAGGGGUGUUGUGGUGUUUUACGACGCAGGGGAUAUGAGUCACCUGUUCACAUUCUCCGACGCCACGUUCACAGAGCCUGUGUUCCCCUACUUCAACCCCUGGCCAAUCAUCAACGGGAGAAACCGUGAGCCUCUUGUUAUUGUUAGCCCGGACCCGGAGGUAUGAGAGAACUGUUAACAACUGUUACGAACUGUUAACAACUGUUACGAACUGUUAACAACUGUUAUGAACUGUUAACAACU